AUGUGGUUCUCCGGCGUGGCCAUCGCUUCGGUUUACGGUGUCAUCAGCGUGUUGGGUCUGAUCGGCAACAUCACCCUCAUCAAGACGUUCUGCUCGGCCAAGUCUAUGCGCAAUGUGCCCAACCUCUUCAUGUCGAGCCUGGCGCUCGGGGACGUGUUGCUGCUGGUGACCUGCGCUCCGGUGGACGCCAGCCGCUACCUGUCAGAGGAGUGGCUGUUCGGCAGAGUGGGCUGUAAAGUCAUCCCCUUCAUUCAGCUCACCUCGGUUGGCGUGUCGGUGUUCACUCUCACAGCUCUCUCUGCUGACAGGUACAAGGCCAUAGUGAAGCCACUGGACAUCCAAAAAUCAACCACCACAAGCAGCAUUGUCCUGAGGGCAGCUCUCAUCUGGCUCUUUUCCCUGGUCCUUGCGAUCCCUGAGGCUGUCUUCUCUGACCUCCACACUUUCAACCUCACCUCCACCAAUGAAAGCUUCAAAACCUGCGCACCUUACCCACAUGCUGGGGAUCUACACCCGAAGAUCCACUCCAUGGCCUCCUUCCUCAUCUUCUAUGUCAUUCCCCUGCUGGUCAUCUCUGUGUACUACACCUUCAUUGCCCAGAGCCUGAUGAGGAGUGCCUCAAACCUGCCUGUAGAGGGCAACAUGCACGCGAAACGACAGGUUGAAUCAAGAAAGCGUUUGGCGAAGACAGUGCUGGUGUUUGUUGGCCUCUUUGCUGUUUGCUGGCUUCCCAGUCACAUCAUCUACUUGUAUCGCUGCUAUCACUACUCCCAGGUGGACACCUCGCUGGUUCACUUUGUGUGCAGUGUCGCAGCUCGUAUCCUGGCCUUCACCAACUCCUGUCUCAACCCGUUCGCCCUUUACCUGCUGAGCAAGACCUUCAGGAAGCAAUUCAAGCAGCAGUUGUGCUGCUGCUGUCAUAUGAUCAUGAAACACUCCUCACAGAGCCCGACACAUUACAACACACGUGUGACCUCCAUCCGCAGCACACACUGCUCUGUGGCCAGUCUGAGCAUCAUCAACGGCAGGCAGAUCUAUCAGGAGGACUGUGUGUGA